AAAAUCAGUUAUUGAUACCCUUAACAAUUUCUAUAAAAUCAAUCUAACUGAAACUUGUUAUAAAAUAUACUGAACUUUAAAAAGUUGAUAAGAGUCCCUAACAUUUUGUAGCUAAUAAUGUAUGACUCUGUUUCCCAGGGAUAUAAGCGUGAUAUUAUGAUUAAAGCCAUUUCUCUUUAACUUUUCUAAGUAGGACUGAAAUGAGAGGCCAUUUAAAUAAAGCAGACAUUAACCUUCAUAGGUCAGGAAAUUAUAACGGAAAAAAAUUCAAUCAAUUUAAUUUUUUCUCAAAACUCCCAUAUGCACAGCAUACACAGAAUUGAAAUGGUGAUUCUCUCAUAUCCCUGGUGCAAACAGUAAUAUACAUAAAAAAUAGAAAUAUGUGGUAAAAUAAAAUACCUGUGAAAAACACAUAAGACAAAAGGUUAAUGGGGGUAAAGUCAGAGAAGGAAAACAGGGGAAGGGACUUCAGCAUAAUGAUGGCCUGAUGGGUUUGCUGGUUCUUGUCUGGAUGCUCCUCAUUCUCCUCCCGGAGGGCAGGAGACGGAAGAAGACCUUAAUGCUGAGUGCUUUGUGGGCCAGGAGGGUUUGGUUGAUAUCCUGGAGUGUGAGAUGGAGGGUACCAAUAAUCUUUUCUGAUGCUCUCUGCGCUGCAACGUCUUCCUGCAGGAUGUGGUGCAGCAGCCUACUACUGGGAUGCUUUCAGUGGUUCGGGAAUAGGAAACAGACAUAGUGGGGCUCAGUGGUUUGGCUCUUUUUAGUCUGUGGAGGAAGUGGAGUGUUGCUGCUCCAGGAAAGAUCCUCAGUGAGAUAUACACCCAGGAACUUGGUGUUGCUCUCUCUCUCUGUAAAGCAGCACAAUUGAUGAUCAAAUUGGGUUGUCAUUGAGUUGUUCAGUCAUUGUGUAGUUCUUAGAUUUUGUGGGUUGGUUCUAUACUUUUUGGAUUUCAUUUCUUGGUUUAAGGCAGGGGUCUAAUGAUGCUGGUAAUUAUUAAUUAAAAUCAUAUACUUACAUUUAAGAAACAGGCAAAAGAGGAACUGACCUGACUGGAACAAUGAAAGUAACAGAGACAAAAGCACAGGACAGACUGCAAAGGUGGAAAAGGACAAUCUGGGCAAGGAGAAAUGAAACAGAUUGGCUUUAAACUGCAUGGGAUUGAUUGACCUAAGAACCAGGUGAGACUAAGAGAAGAUAUUCCAGCUGGAAGGACUAAACUGAGAAGCUGAGAGAAAGUGACUAAAUAACACUAUCAUGAACACAGACAGAAUUAAAUGGGACAAAAAAACAAUCUUACUAAGAGUUCAUGAACUAAAAGCGAAUGACCAACUCUAAAGUAAUAAUCUAAACCAGUACACAUAAAGAGACCACAAAAAAGAAUUGAAUAUCUUAAUAAUGAACUGUGUAUGGGUGUGUACUUAAAAAAAAAAAAUCAAAACACAAACCCCAGGCAAGAAUAGAAACUAUAAAUUGAUCAUGCCACUCUUAUGCUUAUUCAGUUGCUCCUGUAUUCCUGCCCCAUUCAUGGCAGCAGUCGGUAAUCACUCACCUGUUUCUUCCUGGAGUCUCCUGCAUUUGUGCCAACUCCAAACAAGAAACUAUGACCUAAUCUAUUCCCAUUACCUUUAUUAUGAUUUCAAAUGUAACAGUACAUCCUCACAUGAAACACAAUGGAAAUGAAUGCUGCUUUUAUGACCAUGCAUGCCAGCAGCAUACAUUACAGAAGCCUCUUUUGAACUCUUCAUAUUAUUGAGUGAUAAAAGGUAAGUACAAUAAACCUCAUGUGUUAUUCAUAGGUCUUCAACACUUGUGUGCUUCCUUUCUGCUCCCUGCCCAUCCGCUUAUCUUUCCAUCUCAGAGACAAAAAGCCUCUCAAAUGAGCAUCCACAAAGAUCAUCGACAACAACAGCAACAGUAAAGCACUUAGCAGUGGAAGGACCCAUCUUUGUUUUCUCAAAUAUGACAAAUCCAAUGGAGCAACAUUCUUUCCUGCUGACAAAUCAAAUCAGCGGUUUGGCCCGGGUUCAUCAGGGUGAUGUUUUGCUCCCAAAGAGGCACUAAUAUCUUUGAAGAGCAUGCUCAGAGGUAGUACUCUGUUGACAUGUUCAGCAUAAUAUCUCAAGGAGCCAUCAUUAAAGAAAUGUAGCAUUCUUUUCAGCAGUCCUUGCCCCCACCACCAUUCAUGUAAGUGCUUCACCUCAGUUGUAUCUAUUCUCAAUGAUUGAAUUACUACAGUGUAAUGGAAACCAUGUAGAGUGCUGUGGGACAUCCUUUUCCCACACAACAACCGUUUAAUCACAGACAAACAGCGGGCACAGUGCCACAUUAUCUAUCACUGUCUGAAAAUGAAUGAGAGAAGGAGACAGAGUGUUUUUUGUUUGUGAUGUUAUCUGAAAAAAUUUAAAUGUAGGCGUGAAAGGCAUCAGCUGGAUCCUUCCUAGCAUCAUAAUGGAUCCUAAAUAAGGCAAUAAAAAUGCAAAUGAUGAUGAGAUUAGCAUUUUAUUGCCUUCUUUGCUACUUAGACCACUCUAGUAUACAUGUUAAUAGGCAGGUAUUAGCUCAAACUCUUUCACCACACAGUGGACUGUUCGUGUGCAGAAUUCACACACAACCAGCCCACAGCCACAGAUGUUUCUGACCAUCAGUUCAGAGGAAACAUCUCCACCUCCCUCCCCACCUCUGACACAUUCUGGGUUUUCCCAGUCACGAUCAGCAUCUCAUUUUUCCCUCCCCAUUUUUUUCUUGAAAUAUUCUGUGUUUGUUGUUUUGAGGCCCCUUUUUGUGAAAUUUUAAUCCCUUUCUCUCAUCAUGUCGUCUCUUUUGAGGGAAGAGAUGCAGAGAGUUUUAUUUCGACCUGCAAAGCACAGACUUGUGGAGUUUAUUGAAAUUGAAGAGCCAACGCCUGGAAGGCAUUUUCUCUGCGUCUCAGUUGGACAAAAAAAAGUGGUGCAGUUAAGCGUAGUGCAUUGUCAGAUCUCUCAGUCAACCCAAAAAUCUGGAUCCAAGAAGUUACAAGCCAAACGUUCCAGCAUCCAGGAAUGCUACAAGAGGACCGAGAUCUGGUCCCUGCAUGACCUGACUCUUGUUGAUGGAAGAGAUCCUGAUGUGGAUGACUCCUGCUUCCUGCUGCACUUCGAUAAGGUGCGUACAGUGACGGCCGUCACCUGCUCAGCCAAAUACACGAUGGUGCGUGCCCUGGUUGCCCUCUGUGACCGUUACUGUCAGAGGCCGCUAAAUCUGCAGAACUUUGACUUCCCUUACAUCAAGCCCACCACCUAUUACUCCAACAGAGGGGACUGUGUCGUUCUGUCCCAGAUAUGCUUCUAUGCGUGCAAUCUGGUUUGCUUGUCUAUGUGUCCAGUGCCACUGGAUGCCUAACAACACAGCUUUUGUGUGUUUCUCUAUAGUGUGUGAGCAUUGUUGUGCUGUAGCUAAUGUUCUGUGUGUAAUUCUGGUUAAUCGCAGGUAUGCUUCAGUUGGGUUUAUAUUGAUUAUUUAUUUUUGCAUUAUUGCUCUUUUAAGCGUAUGUUCAUGACAAACAAGUUUUAGACUGAUAUUUCUAGGACAUCUUUUGUACUUAGUGUUUAAUUAUGUGAUCCAUUAAAGAGCCCACUAAAAAUGACAUUCACAAUAAAACAAAAUGAACUAUAAAAGACAAAUAUAGCAAAGAGAUGAAUGACUUAUUUUAUUCAUGGUAAAUAAAGACUCCUGUGAACACAGUAUGUUUACUGUGUGUUAUUUAUUUGCCAUCUCUGUAUUUUAAAUUCCGUAUUGCUAAAGUAGCACUUUUUAAGGAAAAAUAAUUUUGGAGGCAUUCUGUUGGUAGACUAUGGCUUAUUUUAGAUCAUUUUAAUUAAGUAAUAGCUAAAGAAAGAUUCCUUUGCAGGAAAUAUCAGUGAACAAAUUUAUACCUUUCAUGUUAUUGAAAGUAAUGAGAACAUUGAAAUUAAAGUUCUGUUAUGAGAGAUUUUAUUUAUGUAGUCAUUUUAAAAAUUUCGUAAAAAAAAAAUUUAAAUAGAAAAAUAAAAAUGGAUAUCACGCUGAGAUACUUUUUGCCUUUACCCAGAAUAUUUAAAUGGACUUUUAUUCCUGCAAGUGCUUUCACUUAAAAUUAGUUGUUGUAGCUGGAUGCCCCGUCACUCUUUUUUCUAUUCUUUCAUCUGCAUUUUGUUUUAGCAUAUUAUUUCUUAAUAAAUGAAUAAUUAUGA